AGGACAAACUAGAUGCGGAGAUGAGUUAGGAUCAUUUCAAGAGUUGUUGUUCCUUGUAAAUCUGCUGUACUAAGCUUAGCACUGUGUUCAAUUGCAUGUGGUGCAACGAGAUAUUGCUUGGUCAUCCAUGAAUUUGUUGGCAUGUUUUGUACACAGCUGUGCUUGAAUUAAUCGAUUGGUUAUGCCAGUUACUCGAUGACACUAAGUAAAGCAGAAUAAAGAGGGAGUUGAUGUAGUACUUUUGUUGUGAGUUGAAGUACUUAGUGUCCGAAAAGCAUGUUGAGCUCAUCUACUCUCUAGUCAUGGACAUUGAAACUCAAGCUAGAAGGUGCUUACUCAGUCUAGCGUGAUUGACGUUCCGAAGGAAUGUUCACGGUCACCUUUAACCGGUAUUGACUUCUGUCAGAGAGUGCACUUGAGGGUCUUAACUAAACUGAGGAUCUGUGUAGCGAGCGGGUAGUUGAGAAGCAAAUGGUAUGCUUGAAAAGAGGUCUAGAGCAUGAAUUACAUAGCUUCGGUGAUCCACUGAGUAUACACGGUGAGGUAUCGCUGCUCUAGGAUUCAAGAGGCGAGUGCUGUCAGUGAUUAUCUAUUCACUUGAUCUUCUCGGUGAAUUUGAAGGCAGCAUGCAGACCAUGAGGUUUUUCGUGAUGUUAACAUCAGCUGUGACGUUCCUGUUCGUUGUUGACGCUCAAGCUCCAGCAGCUACACCGAAUUACAACUGCACCAACAUCAUUACAAAGCUCACGGUGCCUGAAAAAGAUCCCUGCACGAACACGACGGCAUACGCUAACUUGGGUGCAUGUUCGGAAUUCAUGAACGGCACCCUCGAUACUCCCUCAUCCGAAUGCUGCAGUAGUGUUGAUGCUGUGUGGUCAAAAUCCCCAGCGUGUUUUUGUAAGGUCACUUUCUUUUCAAAGUUUGCAGAGCCAGGCCCAGAACGAGCAAUACUGCGACCCCAGCUAUGCAACCUCAAUGCUGACCUCUGCAGCAUCUGUCCCACCUAUCUUAUAGAAAAACGUGAGCACCGCUUCAAAAGGUUGAACACUGCAUCUGUUGUCACUGUCAGCGUGAUCGUCACACUCGUUGUAGUUGGGUCCAUCAUGCUAGUGCGGCACAUCAGAAAAAAAGUCGCGCUCAAAAAGACCGAGUCUAGUAAAACCUUUGUCCCUCAUUUCAACAACGUGUAGCAUAAUCUGUCUGCUCCCGACUGUCUUGUGAGUUCAGAGGAUAGCACUUCGCAGUGGGAUGAGUGUGCAAGUGUUGCGGUUGAUUAUAAGUCCUCUCAGAGACAACUGAAUAGACUCUCUCUUUCCACAAUCACUGAUGUCCACAGGUUCAACCAUUAGUGGGUCUAUGCGUGAGGUUGUGAACUUUCGAAGUCCAUACAUCUCCAUUUAAGAUUUCAGGCAACACUUGCACUAUUUAGUUGAGGAACUGUCUUUGUCGAGAUUAGAGCACCGAGCAUGACAAGGAUAGCGGAUUGUCAAGUCUGGCCAGGAGGAGCUUUCAACUGGCCAUGAAUUGAAGUUGUUGAGAUGUCAGUUUGCACUGUCUUGGAGUUUGCAUCAAAGCAUGAAUCGAAACAUUAGAAAGACAUGAGGCAGGAUGUUAUUGCGACACCUUGUGAUCUCUCAAACUUUGAAUUC